AUGGCUCUAUAUGUGAAUGGUAUGCCGAGUGAUGAUCAUGCAUCAUCGGUGGUCUCUUCUGAAUCAUCAUUGGAUUGUGCCUUCCUAAAACUGAAUACUGGAUCGAGUAGGACGAUAACUUCUUCAAGUAUACCCAUCAUGUUUCAUAAUAUUUCAUGUAAUGCAUUACCCAUUCCGACUUCAUCCUUUUCUCCCUUCACGGUGAGGAUUACUGGAGGAAUUGAUGCAAUUUUCGCUCAUGCUUCUCCGAUGAUCAUGUCUUCUUCGGAAUAUUCAUUUUGUGCUUCAACUCGGAGAUGGCUCGAUCAGCAACAAUCACAACAACAACCAUCACAACAACAACAACGAGUAGCACCAAUAACCACAACAAGCACCACUACCACCACCACAUCAGCAGCACCAGACUCUCAUCAUCAUGAAAAUUCAUAUCGGAAACGAAAUUUGGAACUAUCCAUUCCACGAAAAUCGCAACAACAUGAACAACAACAACAACCAACACUCUCCCAAUUGAAUAAUCUUUGCUCUCAGUUAUUCUGUAGACCUACCGACCUCACCAUCCAAGAAGUGUUUCAAAACUUUAGCAAGGCUUCCAUGGACGGAUCUUUUUUUCCAACCUCGAUCACCACAGAUUUCUCCGUGAAAUUAAUUUUGGAGGAGUCAGAGUCAGGGAACAAUUUGACGAAGCGAUAUUUAGUGAAUUUAAACCAUUUGGUUUCUCUGUAUAAUUAUUGUCAAUAUUGUGAACAGGAAAAUCCAUCUUUUGAAUUAUAUCACCAGGAAAAAUACUCAGGAAUUUGUACUUUGAAUUUUUCAUACAAUGUUUUAUUUGGAGGAGGUAAUAAUCUUGUUGAGACUCAUUCCUUAGCUCACAGUAACCAUAAUAAUAAUGAAAAUUCGGAGAGCAUGUUGUUGAAGCAAGUAAGCUAUUCCUCAACAACCAUCUCAUCAUCAGCAACAUCCUCCACUGAUGCAUCUGAUGCAUGUGGAGACAAUGGAUUUUCACUUCCUCUCUUGAAUGUCAUGAUUUAUGCGUCAUUAGUGAGCGAGUCCACUUUACAAUAUUAUUUUCCAGUACGAAUGUGUUAUUGUUACAAGAGUGAAAGUUUUUCCUCCAAGUGUGACGAUUGGAGUACGACUUACUAUAGGGAACCUUUUCAAAAUGGAAUUCGAUCAAUCUUUAUUACUCUAUAUAUUGUGGAGCUGAUUGUUAUUAUAUUGAUGGUGCUCUUACCUCUCGAAUUUAAGCAUGUUAUGGGAUGGAACAGUAGUCAAAAGCUUAAACUUGCAAAAGAGCUUGCAAAACGAAAACAGAACCCCUUUCAUCAUGAUCAUGUUCUUACCCACAACAAUACAGAUUCUCUCACAGAUAAUUCAAAUUACAGCAUUGACGAGAACAGUUCCGAUGCUGGAAUACAUGGAGAUGAGAGCACUAGUGGCAAUCCUACUCCUGCAAUGGAAACUUCAUUCAGGUUGGAUGAUUCGAACAUUCGAAAAUAUACCACCAAGAAGAGCAAUGUCAAUCGAGCACGAACUCGAUCGAGAGGUCUUUCGUCCUUGUCAGACUCUCUUCUCUUGAACUCACAUCUUCACUCAGAUCCAUCACCACCACAAGCGAAUAAUACCACUGCCACCAAUACAACAUCGCCAGCAUCACCUCGACAGCAGCUUUCUCACACCACCGUCGAUCCCGUUCCUCCCUCGUCACACAAUGAAGAAACAACAUGUUUACAUACACGAGCAGUGCCACACUACUGUACUGCUCAUGAAAAGCAUGAAACCGAUGAGGACUUGACUCACGUGUCGCUCGCCAGCGAAAGAAUAUAUUCGAGCAAAAAAACAAAAACUAGCCGUGUGAAGCAAGCUCUAAUCUCCAUCACCAAAUCAAUCGCUGAUUUCAGAAUUAUUGCAACUUUAAUAUCCAUUUGCAACUUGGUGCUUGGUUUCAUUAGCUUAAUAUCAGUGUUGCCCUACGAUGCAAGAUUGGUACUGAUCAGUGUUGACUGCAUUCUAUCCUUGAUGGGACUAAUACCAAUUGUAUUUCAGUGGUUGGUUGUAUUGAGGAGCAUGGAAAGUAAGGAUUCCAUUUCACAGAAGAGUAGUGCAAGCAACAACAUCAAACUUUUGAGUCUGUUCGUUUUCUUGUGUACAUUAUUUUUAUUCAUUGGAUACGUAUUGACUGUGCUAUUUGUCACAGGCUACUCGAGAGUACUGCUCGCAAGAUAUAUCAUGAUGGUGGUACUAUUUCUCUACUUUAUUACAAUAUUUCCAUUGCUAGUGAUUUAUGGCGUUAAGGUCUAUUUCAGAAUUUUAAGGGAGAAUAAGGAGAUUCGAUUUUUUCAAUUCAAAUUCACAAAAUACUUAAUUUUUGAAAGUAUCACUUAUCUCUAUUUUACAUUCUACACUAUUUACUUUAUGGUUUCGUAUCCCUAUUUUUUAUUUACAUUUUACAAUAUUGGAGAUAGAUUUAUGACUGUGUAUCCAUGGGUCAUUACACAUAUCUUUAUUUUACUCUCCUAUUGUAAUCGUUUUUAUUUCCUUUCUGAUUGGUUCUGUAUCAAACAAUUUUACUCAACUCUCUUUACAAGCUGCUUCGGAUUUUGUCAUUCCAAAGGAGGCAAGAAAGAAGUUCUUCAUGAAGACACGAGUACAUUCUAUCAACAUCAUCAUGAAAACAAAGUGCAUGCAGCGAGAAAGAGCAGCGAUGCCUCGAAUUCUUCGUCACCACACCAGCAGCGACACGUAUGUGACAAUGAUGAUUCAACCUACUCCUUCAAUCAUAAUGAGGAUAGUAUUGAAUGUAAAUAUAGUACUCACCAAAAUUGA